CAGAAUACAUUAGCGCUGCGCGCCGUCUAUUGGGUUAAAUGUCAUUGAUGAAAUUCCUCGUCUAAUCGCUUGAGAACCACUCUAGGUAGCCAGCGCCAAUUCAAUGAAGCCACAAACUUUCUGUCGCACAUAACGCGCUUAUUACUUUGGAACAGACGGGGAUAUCUUUUUGAAGUUUUGAAUCUUCUUCAUGGUGCCAUGCAACUGAGGGCAAAAGUCAACCGUCAGAUCUAAGCAGCUUUGAGCGGUUGGAUAUAGAGCUGUGUCGCUGAUUUGUCCGUUCAGGUCGCCUUACCUACUCAACCGCAAAUCUGCUGAAAUAGAGCAACCCAUCUCUAUUACGCACGCAGGCACAAGCUGGUCUCAACCGCCGUGGUCCAGGAAAAACUUUUAAACUAUUAUAUAUAUUUAAUCUGGGUGCUUCUACAUAUUUGUAGGACACACUUGCUGGAUUGCUUGAAUUUCAGAGUCAUUUUCGGGGGAAAUAGGAAAGCGCUUUCAGGAGCAUUUGUGCUACCUAAUACUGUCCACUGGUCUGGUGCUGAUCUCCUGCAAAGCAUCAGUCCUGGCUGCGUCUCACUCAAGAAGAGUAAACUUUCCGAUUUCAGCACAGACCAGAGACAUCGGACCACGCGUGCUGCAGGACGACUGGAAAUAAUGCAUAGAUGAAACCCGCUCUCAGUAACGCCGUUCUCGCACAGAAGAAAAGGCGUCGCAGAGGGAAUUUGUCAAUCUCCGGUCGGGGCGACAAUGUCGGACAACUUCACCGAUUUCGAAUUCGACAACACGACGCAGCCGGUGGCUGCUGCGGUGGCUCCCGACCACAACUUUCCAGCUCUUAUAUUCGGGAUAUUGCUAAUCAUUGUGAUUAUCGGUGGAAAUGUGCUUGUGUGUCUUAGUGUUUACAUGGAAAAAGCUUUAAAAACUACAACAAACUACUUCAUUGUGAGUUUGGCUGUUGCGGACCUACUCCUGGCAGUGCUGGUGCUGCCACUGUUCGUGUACGCAGAGUUCCAGGGUGGUGUGUGGUCCCUGGACAUGAUGCUGUGUGACGGCCUGAUGUCCAUGGACGUGAUGCUGUGCACCGCCUCCAUCUUCAACCUCUGCGCCAUCAGCGUCGACAGGUUCAUUGCUGUGUCCAUCCCUCUGAACUACAACAGGAAGCACGUUGACCAGCGUCAGAUCAUCCUGCUGUCAGGCACCUGGCUCAUAGCCCUGGCCGUGGCCUCCCCCGUCAUGCUGGGUAUCAACAACAUCCCGCACCGUGACCCCACUGAGUGUAAACUGGAAGAUGACAACUACGUAGUGUACUCCUCUGUCUGCUCCUUCUUCAUCCCCUGCCCCAUCAUGCUCCUCCUCUACUGCGGAAUGUUCCGGGGCCUGAAGAGGUGGGAGGAGGCGCGCAAGGCCAAGCUGAGGAACAGCAUCCAGGCCUGUAGGAAGCUUCAGCAUGCAGCCGCCGCCGCCGUGCCUCCUCCGGGGACCAUCCCCGGGCCGCUGCCCAUGCCCCUGCCCAGGAUCAUCGAGAGGGAUCUGGCUCAGGCCCGGCUGGGGCUGGAGGAUAAUGAUGACUUUCGGCAGCCGGACUGCCCCCCGUUCCCCUCGGAGUACAGGGAGAGGAUCAGCUCCGUGCCGUCUAUCUCCUACCAGCAGCAGCCGCAGAAGAGGAAGCAAGCCAAGAUCAAUGGCAGGGAGAGGAAGGCAAUGAGGGUUCUUCCUGUUGUGGUGGGAUGCUUCCUGUUCUGCUGGACCCCGUUCUUCAUAGUCCACACCACGCGGGCCCUGUGUGUUACCUGCUACAUCCCCCAGGCCCUGAUGAGCACCGUCACCUGGCUGGGCUACGUCAACAGCGCCCUCAACCCCAUUAUCUACACCGUCUUCAACACAGAGUUCAGGAAGUUCUUCAAGAAGUCCCUCCACUCAUUCAGCUGCUGCUGACACCAGCCCCGCACCGGAUGGACAAUGGUAGCGCUAACCGUGCUCUCACAGAAGGGGUAUAACUACUGCACAGGGGUCAGGGGU